AUGGAAAAGCUAGCGCGUCAGACUGGGCCUCUGUCGGUGUUUGACGCAUCUCAGAAGGGGGACUGGGACAACACUCGGAAUGAAACCGUGAACGGCAAGCCUUACCGCUUGAAGGGUACCAUUUUGGAAGUACUGCCCCAGGCGGGCACUCUGGAGAUCGACUAUGUGUCAACAUCGCGUCCACCCUUUCGGAGCGGCCAAGGCGCGCAGGCCGGAAGAACACAUUGCAUGAGUACAACGACGUUCUGCUACAUGCUGAAAAAGAUUGGACUGGGCGACGAGGAAGCUUGGACUGGUGGAGAUGAGGCCGAUGUCGUGGAUGCCGGAGGACCACCACACGCUGGCGACGAAAAGGCCUCUAAUAAAGAAGCUGGCGUUGAAUGGAGCCGCGUGAUUGAUGAAGCCAUACGAAAGGCAUGUCCUGCCAACAAGACCGUCUGCAUUGCCAGCGCCAGCGAGACGGCAAUCUGUUCUGCCGCCACGACCGGAAUCUAUUGUACCCUCAAGACAGGGAAGGGGCGAAACUCCACGGGGACCAAAUCGAAUUCGUCGAGAUCGGCAACAGGCCUUUCCUUGACGGGCAUGGAUCUUCGGGCAACCAUCGGAAUCAACACCAUGGCUUGCCGACUGGACGAGCUGAUGGCGGACAAGUGGUUUUCCAUCGAUCAGGUGUGCAGCACAUACGAUGAGACCCCAAGCAAGGAGCCGCAAUGUGAGUAUCAGGUCGACGUGUACGACUACAUGACCCUUGUUGGCUGUCUGGAAGACCUUGCGCAAGCCUUUGUUAUCAAGCGGGUGGGGUGGUUGGCAGCCUGGAAUCCUUGUCGUCCUGAAGGAUAUAUGGAGCUCUCGCUAGAUAUACGGGAGGAGCGUCAGGUGGCGAAGGUGGGGUUGGUUGGAGGGAGAGGCAAAGCUGCUCGAGGCUGGUGGGAAAAGCUCUACGCUCUGCCAACAGGUGGUGGCAGGUACGACACCCCCAUCCCGGGAUGGAUGUUGCCGGUAGUAUGGAACACAGAAGAGGGGUUACCCCACAAGGGGGUCCUCACGUGCACGCAUACUAGCAAAGCUGCUGGUCUCCGGCUCAACUGGAUAUUGCGAACGGCCCUCGCUCAGGUGGUCUCUCUAAGCGAAGCGCCCCCGGUAUCCGCCCUGAUAGUUGGCAGAGAAGAUCACUCUCGAACUACCGGAGAAGGGACCAAAAGUGACAAGAACCCAACUAUCACUGAGGCAACAGAGGGAACAGACCAGGUUGCGGAAGAUGAACCAGAGAAUGUUGGUAUAGCUGGAAAUCGCUUGGAUGACUUGUACGGAAAGUUUGAUAGGGAGUUCGUAGACUCUCUCUGCAAGCAGGCCGGCAGUGAUUUUUUUCUCUAUGGUGCUCACGAGAGAACCGACUGA